UACUAACAUUUAACGCACUCAUUAUCAUUAGAUUUUGAAUAUCCCCAGUCAGCAAACUGGAAGAGAUCAAAAUGGGGUUUUCACUGUCUUCCAAUUGGAAACAGCUGCAAAGGAAACAAAUAUCCAAAACCAAAGGAAUAGCGAAAAAGCGACCCAAAUCAGCUGCUGCUAUGGUGUCCAAAUCUGUCAAAGCAUCUGCACUUUCAGAUAAAGAACCCAGUGUCUCACUGAAAUUCACAGUCACGGAGUCUACCAAUAAUGUAUCGCAUAGGAAAAGAGAAGUCGGCAAGUAUUUGGCCAUGGACUGUGAGUUUGUGGGGGCCGGAGAAGAAGGGGAAUCUUCGAUCUUGGCUAGGGUAUCGCUGGUAAACUAUCACGGGAUAACUGUUUACGACACUUUCGUUCUUCCAACCGAAAAAGUGACAGAUUGGCGAACCCAUGUGAGUGGUGUUACUCCCGCGCAUAUGAAAGAUGCUGUUCCCUUUAAAGAAGCCCAAAAAAAGGUUUCAGAUUUACUACACGGAAAAAUUUUGGUGGGGCAUGAUGUAGGACAUGACUUGGAUGCCCUGAUGCUUUCUCAUCCAAGAUUCAUGAUAAGAGAUACUGCGAAACAUUCACCUUUCAGAAAAAAGUAUGCAGCGGGCAAAACACCAUCAUUAAAAAAGCUUAGCAAAGAGAUUCUCGGUGUUGAGAUCCAGUCAGGCCAGCACUCAUCUGUCGAAGAUGCUAGGGCCACGAUGAUGAUCUACAAGUCUGCGAAAGCCGAGUUCGAAACUAUAUUAAAGAAACCGCGACAACUUCAUAAGUGACAGAAGCUUUUUGUCAUAGGACGCAUAAUGUGAACUCGCUCUAUAUAAGACAAUUAAUGUAUUCGCCACCUCGAAUUUGCAUUGCCAAAACGUCAUUCUUCCUGUAUGUGAGCUGCUGUGAUCUUCUCCACCAGUUUUCUAAUGAGUUUGUCUCUCUUGGAUUUUUGCUUGGCCUCCAAAGGACUAAGAAAUUCUGAUGACCGAUCUGAGUACGUGAACUCCCAGGCCUUUACUCCGCUAAGGCCAGCCUCGUCCACCUUUAGUAGAAGCUCUUCCGCAUAAGUAUUUCUGUUAUUAUAUUCUUGACGUGUGAUCAUACCCGAAAUCGUAUUCAGAGUAGUGUGCAACAGCCUAGUGGAUGAAGAAGUCUCGGCUACUUUUCUCAUUGUUUUGAUCAUAAAAUUGAAUGCGCGCCAAGCAAUUUUAGGAUUUCUCUGAGUGAUUACAUCGUAGAGCUUCAAGCAUUUGUAAAUAAUCGUUUCAUCCCCUUUUUGAACGUUGAAGCAACGACAUAAAUUCAGUGUGUUCACAUAAACAUCCGGAGUAUCUGAAUCGAAAUAAUCAAGAAACACUUUUGGGACAUGAUAACUGUCACUUAUUCUCACCAAUUCAAGCUCCCUCAUGCCGCAUUCGUACAGCGUACUCAUAAGUUCAGAGUCAUUUUGAGAGAAAACAAAUAGGUAGAAGGCAUACGAUAUUGUGUUUAAAUCAAACUGCCUGUGGUAUUUUUUCACAAACUUCAUGCUUUCUCUGUAUCUGGCUGAUAAAAGUGUCUCAAGGCAGCCAAAUGUAGGGUCUGUUGCGAAAGGGAUUUGGAGGCCUUUAGAGCAAACACUUGUCAUCAAAACAUCGAAAUGUUCUUUGGUGACAUCGAUAUCAUGAACUGAUUCGAGUUCCUCCAGAACACCUUCGAAAACCGCCCUGUGAUUGAAUAGGUAGUCUCUGAUUUCGACGUCAGUUUCACUCAAAUGAUUGGCAACCUUCUUCAGUGCAGCACUCAUAAUUUUUAUCGAAUACUGAUAAAAAAUCACAUUAUCGGACAAAGACAGAGCAAAUCCAAUCCAGAAGAAUUGUGGGGCAAAAGGAGAGCUAGACGGAACCCCUUCGGUAAGUUUCGUAAAUGAGUGUAGCACACAAAUCAUCAUGUAAAGCUUGUCAUUGUCUUGCUGAAUUUUAUGUUCCUGAACUGUAAGCAUUUCUGCCAAUACCUUGAGAAAUUUUGUGACAAUGCUGUAGCUGACACCUUCCCUGACUAGACUGCCCAACACGAGCAUCGCACGUCCCUGAAGUUGGGCUUCCUCUAAAAAGGCUAUAUUAAGCACGUAAGAAUUCCAUUUGAUGAGAUGCAGUUCGUAGUCCGCUGGAUCACAAAGAUCUUUUAAAAAUGAUAUCAAAGAUUCUGUCACUGUAGCAAUCGAAUGGGAUUUGUUUACCAUCUCAAUUCCUGCUUGUUCGGUUGUAGUGGACGCGAUUCCAUCGUAGCGAGUUAAACCAAACAACAUUCGGUAUCUGGCUCCUUCAAAAAGCUCUAUUUUCUCUCGAAUCAAUUUGAUUUGAGCGGGAGUCAAAUCCUCACGAGAUAGAAACGAAUGGAAUGCUCUCAUUACCAAACGGAGAAUGGAUGUACGAAAUUCCAAUGGCCCUUGGUCCAUGUAUAUCGUCACGAGGUAAAAAAUGUCACUGAUAUACAUCUGAACAAAAACUAUGGAGUCGAAAACAAGAAACGUUAAAAAACGCGUCAAAACUGUCGUUUCAAUCCAUCUUGUGUGGGACUCCAACUCCGACUCGUCAUUGUUGAUGAAGUAUGACCUCUCUCGUAGUCUAUGAAUCAGUAAACCACAUAUUUCCACCGUGGGCGUCAAUGGCCAAUAUUUGGUGAUUUCCUCCCAUCCGUGGCCUUCGGCCUCGUGAUCAAUGGCUGCAGAUAUAAUUUCAUCAAUAACAAUUUCUACCAGCCGAUCUUCCAGGCACAACUCUCCCCAUAUAUAUAAGGCAAAGGCAAGCGUCGUGGACUUGGACUUCCUGCUUGCUCUAACAAACUUUCGAAUUAAAUCGGAAGUUCUUCUUGGACCCCUUAUAGAAUCGGCCGAAUAAACGUAUCUGAAUAUGUUCUUGAUCCAUGGCGAAGAGUAUAUGACAUAUGCAUCUUGUUCUUGCUCCUGACAAUAGUCAAGAGUAUCAAAAAAUCCGGACAAAAAGUCGUAUGUCAGCUGAGGGUGAUUAGCGGCAAGCUGGUCAGAUAGAGCAAAGAUAUACUGCACAUCACCAUACGGAAACUCCAUCGCAUCACUGCUAACAAUCUUUUUUCCAACUGAUAGGCUGAAACAGUCUGUCAUGGCUGUGAGUAAGCGGAACGCAGCGUUUCUAACUUCGUCAAAUUGGGAAAGAAGACCCGUCAAUAUUAUAUUUAGAAGCUUUCCAAUUGAUUUUUCGAUAGACCUGUCCUCUUCAUUAUCCAAAACUUCCGCUGAAUAUUUGGAUUUAGAGAAAUAGAUUGUGCGCAUGAUUUCUGCCUUUUUGGAGGAUGUCAAUAUGAGUCUAAAAUCUGUCAUAGUAUCCGUUGUAGAAAUUUCGUUUGCAACCCCUGUAAAAUUAGAUGGACUCAUGGUUGAUAGUGUCGUGAUCGGAUAUAUAUCAACAAGGUACAGCGUUUUCAUUUUUUGACCAAAUUUGAGUUUUUGAGGUUGAGCAGAAAAUAUCUGAAGGAAUUUGUUCCCAAUCUUCAAGUUCACAGGAACAAACCGUUUGACGCUUUCCUGAUAAAGACUCACAUCAUGGAACGUGACUCUAGCAUCCUUCGUCACGGCAUUGGUAUAAUAUGUAAGACCCUGUUUGGCUAAAGCCUUUUCGUCUUCAUUUGCGCUCACAAAAAACACCUCGCAUUCGGACAGCAUGUUCGCAUUUUCAAAAUGAUGUUUUGCCUCCUUGAGAGAGAUCAAGUACCUGUGAGAGACAUUGAAAAAAUAUAGACGUUUCAAGUUUUUCCUGUAUUUUUCAGCGAGAAGAGUGAACAUCAAAUCCAAUACUGGACUCAAUAAGGUAUCAUUGUUGUAAGCCGUGCAAUCGAUUAAGAUGCAAUACGGAUUUUCCCAGUAUUUGCUGCUUGUGAGAAAUAGCUGAUAGCACAAGAUUUCGGGUGAAGGCUUCUCUUCUUCGCAAUAAAUUUGGAACAUAUCCACAAUUACAAGUGGAAAACCGUCCCUCGUAAUAGAUUCCUUGAUCAUAGGUUUGAAUUGUCUGUCGGGCAAAGAAACUUGCGACAUAAAAUCGUACAAUUGGACUCCUCGUUCGGACUGGUCUCUCCUGAUAGAUUCGGGAAUUUCAUAAACAGUGAUCCUUUUGGGAACUCCCGACCUCGAAAGAAAGUUGUCAAUUUCUCUAAUCAUUACAAACCGUUCCUCCAUAGGGACAUCAAAAAUGGGCGACGGUUUAGAGUAUAUCAUGCGAACAUCAAGCCAGUGGUCGUAUAAAAAGUUAUGAAAGAAGCUGUAUUCGGUUUCGAUACAACUCUCGUCUAUGAUGUUCUCUGACUCGUCUGACAGCAUUGCGGCAUCUGAAACAUUAGUCACCUCUACCAUGAAUUUGUUGAUCUUGGCUUUUUGCUCCUUUAGGUCCUCAAUCUUAUUCUGCAAAAGUGGAAUCUUAACAGAGACAGAACUUUCAUUGGCAAGCAACUGCAGGAUACGUGCAAUUUGCAUCAAUGAGCGCUUCAUCGGAACAGAGAUCAACGGCAAAAUAUUCAAGCCUUCUGGGGACACAAUUGCUGGAUUAAAUAGUCUCAAGAAUAAGAAUGCUCCUAGAACCGAAAGCUUAGAUUCUGGAAAUGUGAUAGAUGUCGUAUCAUAAAUUGUCUUCGAUAUCGAUCUUAGGCCUUUUGGAAUCUGGUCCACAGAGUUCGUAAUGGCGUCAACUAUCAUGGUGAAGUAUUUCAUAAACAGGCGCAAGUUUUCUUCACAAUUUUCGUCGUCUACGCUGAUCUUUUCGAUUUCGAAGUAUUCGCCAGAGUUUUGCAAUUCAUAAAAAAUCGGCUUGAAUAUACUCACCAGGUAAUUUUUGGCAACUCUGUGCGAGUAAAGGGCAACCAUCCGGGUCGCCACGGUAUUUGAUCUUAAAAUCUCAACGUAAUCACUCGUGUCUAGUAUAUCCGCACGAAGUAAGGAUGUAAUCAUUGAAAGCUCCAGUUCCUUAUCGUUUGUCAGUGUAAGCAAGGACUUGGCAAAAUCGUCAACCUCUGAAGUAGGACAGACUUGAGUACACGAGUAUAGCAGUAAUCUGUCGGUGGCGACGAGGCCAAGGCCUUCUGUCAUUAUUUCCUUUCUUUGAAAAUCUGAGUCUGUAUUCAUUUGUAUGCUGAGAUUCUUCACAAUGCUUGUAAAGACGUUUAUGAAAGAUGACCUCAGUAAAAUGUUUUCGUGAUACCCCAAUGGGAGAGAAUGUUUGAGCCCAAGGUCAGAAUUUGACUUAAGUAGAUUGAUGAGUGCCUGAAUAAUGUUUUUGACAAUAAUUGAGGAUCUAUGACGAUCUGCCAUGUUCAUACCUUCAGAUUGGUCGGAAACAUCAAGGUGUUCGAGGAUUCUUACAAACAAAUUGAAAUAGUUGCUAAAUGCCACUUCGUUUGCCAAAUUACCGUGAACCCUUCCAUGCAUACCGCCAUUGGAAGCAUCCAAGGGAAGACCAAAUAGAAUGAUUUUGAGGAUCAACGAUGUCUCAACUUUUAUGUCAUAGUGAAUAUCAUUCAAGUCCUGUUGCAAAGC